UUUCCAUUUUGUUCUAGGCCUCUGUUAGCCUGAAAACAGGUUCGACAUCAUUGUAAAUGUUCAAUGACAGAGCUCGUUGAAGAUGGAUUGAUGGUGUGGCACUGGAGAGAGUGCUGAAUGAGCUGCUGCGUUAGCGGUUGGAUUUCUCGAUGACUGGAGGCAGAUAGCAUUUUAGCUGGUCAACCAGGGCGCUCUAGACACCCCUAGAUGUCCAACUGCAGAUAGCAGAGUUUUCAAGUUCUUUUUAGCUUGUGAGAGGCCAGAAAGAUAUAGCAGAUUAGUACCAUGAAUACCAGAGACAAUAUGGAGGUGAUGGAGACCCAGGCUGGAGGUCAAAAGGAAAAGCUCAUGAGAGACAAGGUUAAUCCUGCGAAUGAGAUUGAGGGUGAGGAUGACAAAAUCCCCGGGAGUUUCGACUGCACUGUCUGCGGACGCAGCUUCCCCUUCCUCAGCUCUUUGUCGCAGCAUAUGAGACGCCACACCGGUGCACGUCCUUACAAAUGCCCCUACUGUGACCACAGGGCCUCUCAGAAAGGCAACCUCAAAGUUCACAUUCGCAGCCAUAAACUGGGCACGCUCUCUAUCCAUCACUCCAACGAGGAUGAAGAAGGUGGGGCUGAGGAGGAGGAGAUGAGUGUUUCUGAGGGUCUCGAUGGGGGUACAAGUCCAACUAAAAGUAGCUCUGCCUGCAACCGCAUGAUCAAUGGGGAUAGUGUUGACGAGAGCCGGAGGAAAGUGCCUGCAAGGAGCAUGAAAAGAGAGAAGUCUGUUACUGACCAGCGGCCUUUCUGCUGCCGUCUCUGUGGCUAUGAGGCCCAGCGAGAAGAUCAGCUCCUCAGCCACAUUGAAAAGGUCCACAUUACUGCAGACGCAGAAGAAGAGACGGCUGUUAAGGAGGAGGCUGAGACUGAACCUGAUGCCAACCCAGCCCAGGCUGAUGGGUCCUUCCCCUGUGAGACCUGUGGCCAAAUCUUCAGCCAAGCCUGGUUUCUGAAGUCGCACAUGAAGAAACACGCAGGGGUCCUGGACCACUGCUGUCGUAUCUGUGGACGACGGUUCCGCGAAGCUUGGUUUCUCAAAUCUCACAUGAAAACACACAACACCAAAUCUAGGUCCCGGUCAAAAGCAGAAUCAGCUGAGCUUCCGGCCACCAUCAACGAUGUAGCCCAGGACCCUGAUAUCGUUUCUGGUGCUGUAACCUCUACCUAUCAAAUGUGCUCUAAAUGUGGGAACCUGUUUCACACCAAAGAGAGCCUGAGAGUCCAUGAAAAGGUUCAUGGUGUCAACUAUGGCAAGAAAUCCCAGAGCCAAUGCAGAGCCAGUGAUGAUGAGGACUCACCAGCUGCUAAGAGACGUUUUCUUGACUAUUUAAACAUCCGACCUGUUGAGGAAAAGACCCCAGACAAGGACAAGGAAGGGGAGACAAUUCAGGGGCAAAGAAUUCUUGAGCUAGAUCCAGUUUGCAGCUACCAGGCCUGGCAACUAGCCACUAAAGGAAGAAUUGUGGAGCCAGUGGAGCAUAGUUUCAAGGCCUCCUAUGGGGGAGGAAGUAUGGGGGAGGAUGCCCUUGCUGGAGCUGCUGUGGUCUAUGAGAAGGCGAGCAGUCGUUAUGUCCUUCAAGGUCAGGAGAAGCGCGGCGCAGGCAGACGCAGCAGCUCCGGGUUGGGAAGUCAUGGCUCUUCAGGGGACCGGACGCCAGAGAACCUCAGCGACUCCGAGUACCGGCCAUCGUCUCGCCACGACCGACGCCGGUCCUCCCAGUCGUCCUCCAAGUACAACGAGUGCUUUGAGUGCGGGAAGGUGUUCCGCAGUCGUCACCAGAUGAUGGUCCAUCAGCGGGUCCACAGGAAGGAUGGACACAGGGCGUCCGCAGGGGACAAGGAAAGAACUGCCAGGGACGACCGAUGGGGCUCAACCAGUGAUCCAGAGUCGGGCUCCCCCAGUCGACCCUGCACCCCCGGGUACGGAGACUCUCCACCGGCCUCUACCCUGGGAGAUCAGGCCUCAGAGAUGGGUAGUGCAAACUCUGGAGGGAUUUCAGAUGAGAAGCCUUACAUCUGCAGCCUGUGUGACUUUGUUACCUCCGAGUCGCAGGCGUAUCUGACUCAUGUUCGUGUCAAACACCCGCCCGCCCCCCAAGACAGACCCAGCCCCAGCCCCAGCCCCAGCUCCAGCUCAGACAGAGGCACACCCAGCAGUUAUCCCAAGCUGAAGAAAGCUCUUCUCCAGGGGCUGAAAAGCUCAGCAUCCCCUUCGGCUUACCUCGGUGCUCGAUCGUCCCCGCUGGACCCCAGCAUGACCCCUGUGGACCUGUGUGUGAGGGCCGAUGGCACCAGGGGGAUAGCCUCACUCACCUCGGACAGGAAGAGCCUCCCUAGCCACAAGUGCUCCUUCUGCUCCCACUCCACCCGCUAUCCCGAGGUGCUCUGGAUGCACCAGACUGUGGCUCACCGCAUCAACAGCAGUAGCUCCAAUCUGGCUCCUAAAUGGGCCUUUAAGAACAACUCAAAGGGCUCCCGGGACGGCUCGUUGUCCUCCAGGAGGCGCACCGGUCCCCCACCGGUCCUGGAGGGAAAAGAGUGUCCACCACUGCCUCCACUGGUCCGCACCCAGCGUACCCAGCCCCCAACCGACGCCAGUGAAGUGCAGAAGAAGAACAAGCCAGCCAGUCACGCAGCCACGCCAUCAUCAUCAUCAUCAUCAUCAUUAUCAACAUCAUCAUCAUCUCCAUCAUCAUCAACCUGUACCCCUUCCACGUCAUUCUCCAGGGGCUCCUCCUCCUCCUCGGGCACCCAUGCAGGGAGAGUCCCUGUACAGCCGGGCGUCAGCGCCAGCAGCAGCAUCAGGCCCACCGAGGACCAGAGUUAUCCGUCUCGCUUCAGACCCAAAGUGGAUAUUUACCCAAGGGGAAGUUCGCUGUCAUCCUCCGGCUCCACAGAGAAGAGCAGCGGCGCCCUCUCACAUUCCUCAGCACCGAGCCCCAGCGCCGCCACGGUUUCCAGGAUGGCCGACCGCUACUUAAUGCCUCAAGAGGGCCUGGGUUUCAUGCUGUCCAGCAAACACGGCCUUGCUGAGUACAGCCGGGCCAGGGGCUCCCCCCAUCAGCCGCAUCCCAACUCCCAGAGCCAGGGCCGGGCUAACGCCACCAGGCCCAGUGCCAUCACCCACAGCUCGUCAGCGGGAGACAACUAUGGAGCCCCCCAGGCACACAGAGGCACUCUGCGUAAUUCCACCCCCUCCUCUACUUCUACUUCAUUGCCUUCGGAGUCUCGUGGAGAUGUGAAGCAGGAGCCAAUCGCUGAGACACCGGAGAUGCCAAAUGACGUCCUCAGCUUCCUCAAAAACUACAGCCCCCACGAUCUGGCCACUUUAUACCACCGCUGGGGCGCAGCCAACGCCAUGUUGGAUCCCACUGGGAUGCUGAGGUCUCUCAUGCGACAGGGCCAGUAUAUCUGUCACGAGUGCGGGAAGAGCUUCAGUCAGCCGAGCCACCUGCGCACGCACAUGAGAUCCCAUACAGUUGGGUUUGAUUUUAACGGACUCCACAGAGGUACUGACGCGCACGCCACCGCUUCUGAGGCUCCCAAACAAGGGAGAGGCCAUUCUGCUGCCAGCUCUGCCCAUACCGAGCAUCUCAGAAAGGGAACCUAAAGACGCACGUCCAGAGUGUCCACCAUAUGCCUUUCGACAACAGCCUGUACCCAGACACA